CUUCCGGUACAGCGCUUGCGUCGCGGCAGGCGGAAGUGGCGCCGCUUGUUUGAAAUUGGCAGAGUAGGCUCCGGCCGGACCCGAGCCGCUGGGGGUGCCAUGUCCACCCCUCCGCUGGCGCCCACGGGCAUGGCGUCCGGACCCUUCGGCGGCCCGCAGGCGCAGCAGGCCGCGCGCGAGGUCAACACGGCCACGCUGUGCCGCAUCGGGCAGGAGACCGUGCAAGACAUCGUGUACCGCACCAUGGAGAUCUUCCAGCUGCUCAGGAACAUGCAGCUGCCAAAUGGCGUCACUUACCAUACUGGAACUUACCAAGACCGGUUAACAAAGCUACAGGACCAUCUUCGGCAACUUUCUAUUCUCUUCAGGAAGCUACGACUGGUCUAUGACAAGUGUAAUGAGAACUGUGGCGGAAUGGACCCCAUCCCUGUGGAGCAACUGAUUCCAUAUGUGGAUGAAGACGGCUCAAAGAAUGAUGACCGGGCUGGUCCACCUCGUUUUGCUAGUGAAGAGAGACGAGAAAUUACAGAAGUAAAUAAGAAACUCAAACAGAAGAAUCAACAGCUGAAGCAGAUUAUGGAUCAAUUACGGAAUCUCAUCUGGGACAUAAAUGCCAUGUUGGCAAUGAGGAACUAAACUGAUAUUUAAAUCUCCUGCUCUACUCAUGUGAUACGAUUGUCUCCCCCCUCCCUUGAGUAUUCCUCCCUUUGAAAAACAGUAUUUAUGUCUCUAUUUUAACAGCUAGCACUAAAGUUUUUGUUUUCACUUUAACGUAUAGCUUUUUUUUAAUGCUGUGGGUUUUAUGAAAGAUUAUUGUAAUACCUUUGAUAGGGUGUGAGCUUUGGUUAAUCUUCAUAAAUUGAAUGAAUUAAAAAAUACAAAUAAAAAUUUAAACAUAACCAGCUUACUUGUUUCAGUUACCCUUUUCAAAGGCUGAUAAAGUAUAAAUAUUUUAGCAUAUUAAAAAUACCAAUGUUUUUCUCUGAAAGAAAUUAUUUAAAAUAAAAAAUAUAUCAGCUCAUUUUUUAAAUUCAGUUUUACUUUCAAACCAGUUAAAAUAAGAAAAUAGUUUGUUAUUGUAAAAUUACUUUUAUUAUGUUCUUAAAGUGUUUUUCUGAAUUGAAAUGAGAGAGACGAUUUGAAGAUACAAAUUGGUUGCAGAUACAUUCUUAGCUGCACCCUGUCUUGGUCCCAGUAGCAGGGACCUUGACAUCAGACAUCCCGAUCCCAAGGAUGUUUGGAAGCAGUGCAUUUUUAAGAAUUCUAAUCUAGACUAUUCUUUUGGACAGAGGUUCUCAACUUUCCUGAUGCUGUGACUUCUUAAUACAGUUCCUCAUAUUGUGCGACGCCCUACUAUAAAAUUAUUUUCAUUGAUAUGCAUAACUGUCAUUUUGCUACUGUUAUGAAUUGUAGUGCAGAUAUCUAAUAUGCAAAUCGUCCUAAAAGGGCUGUUCAGCCCCCAAAGGGAGCUCAACACACAGGUUAACAACAGUUGCUUUAGGACAAGUACUUUUUCAGUAGGUCUGUCUGGUACGCUUUGUAGCCCGAGUCACAGCCCCUACCCGGCCUGACAUGACUGAAAAUCCUGCGGUUUGGCUCUUGCUUAUGGAUUGUUUCUCUAAAGGCUUACAUAAGAAUCUGACCAGCUUCCUCUGGGAAAGAGAGCAGGGAUGGUCCAGUCAGAGUUCAGAGACCUUUCAUUGUCCCCACUUUUGCACCUUCUGAAUGUUGUAGCCUGUGCAGAUAUUACCUGAUCAAACCUGUACAUUUCAUGCUGAGCUAUGCAGAUUGGCAGCGGUAACAGGUGGCAGAGUCCAGGAAGUUUCCUUUUGCUGAUGCAGUUCUGAGCAAGACCACUCUUGGUGAGAAACAUAGGGAGAGCUCUGCAUAGCUGCAACAGGGCAAAAGCAAUUGUAUGAGCCUGGACACAGCAGAAGGUAGUGCAAGGGUCUAGCAUAGGACAGUACUCCACAGGGCCUACUGAUAGGACAGUUGGUUAAUAUGCAGGAUUUCUGUAGUUCCAUACGUAGCAUGGACUACGUGCCAUUUACCAUUGUGACUUUAGUAUACUAUUAAAUUAUUGCUGAUAAUGAGGCACACGUGCAUAGAGAAUAGUAUUAACCCGAGCUCCACUUGACUUGGACUAAACACGUAUCUCUCUUUGAACAAAACACUUGGCAGUCUGAAACCAUACUUGUACAUAUGGGGUAUACACUUCCCUCUAAACAAUUCAUGUAGCAACCUAUUGGCGACAUAGGAUCCCUCCUUCCAUGAAGCUGCACACUACCCUCUGAAUAACAGAGUACAUUUCUCACCCCUUUAUUGACCAUCUUACUCAGGCUCUUCAGUUAUACCAAGAAGGUAGAGGCGGACAGAUCUGGCUUAGAAUAAAAAGGCGGAAACAGUCAGAUACUCAGGGCCCGUGAGUGUCUUCACUCACAGUGUAUUCUGUGAAUUCUAUUACUUACCUUUGAAUAAACUCUCAUUGCUCCUUUCCA